AUGACCGCAGUAAUCAAAGGAAUACCGACGAGUCUCCAGAAGUCCCUCGAUGCCACCAAAGUGGAAUACGUGAGACUGGGAAAUUCUGGCCUUCGCGUCUCUUGGCCAAUUCUAGGUACCAUGGCGAUGGGAUCUUCGCCAUAUGCAACUUGGUUGCUUAACAGAGAAGAAUCUCUUAAAGUACUCAAGGCGGCAUAUGACAGCGGAAUCAAUACCUGGGAUACCUCAUGUGUCUAUUCCAACGGUCAGAGUGAGGAAAUACUUGGUGCUGCAAUGAGGGAGCUCAAUAUUCCGCGCCAGAAAGUUGUGAUUAUGACAAAGUGCGGCAAGGGUUACGUUAAUCAUGGAGGACUGAGCCGCGCCGCGAUUUUCAAAUCAGUCGACGACUCACUGGCACGUCUGGGCACAAAUUAUAUUGACCUGCUCCAAAUCCAUCGCUUCGAUCCUCAUACACCGCUAGAAGAGACAAUGAGGGCGCUUCAUGACCUUGUACAGGCCGGAAAGGUGCGCUACAUCGGCGCAAGCUCAAUGUGGGCCGUACAGUUUGCGCAGAUGCAGUUCAUUGCCGAGAAGCAUGGCUGGACGAAACUUAUCAGCAUGCAGAAUUACUAUAAUCUCUGCUACCGCGAGGAAGAGCGUGAAAUGAUCCGCUUUUGUAAGGGUACCGGCGUCGGUAUCAUACCCUGGUCACCCUUGUUCGCGGGAAGACUGGCUCGGCCGCUUGGUUAUGACAAGUCCCUUCGGUCUAAAAGACCAUCACCUCAUCAUCCGGGAAUGACAUCGACCGAUGAAGAGAUUAUCCAAAGAGUUGAGAAGUUGGCAAACGAGAAGGAUUGGAAUAUGAGCGAUGUCGCCUUGGCCUGGCACAAGAGCAAAAGCUCGAUUCCAAUCGUGGGUCUCAACUCGGCUGAUAGAGUCGAAGAAAUGUCUGGAUUAAAGGGCAAGGAGCUGACAGAUGACGAAGUGAAGUACCUCGAGGAGCCAUAUGUGGCUAGAGCAGUAGCUGGGCACACCUAG